CAACGUUUCGUAUUGCAUUUCGAGUAGAUUGCCAUUGCAGGGCAAUUAUUUAACAAAUAGAUGCUUUGGAAUUAUGUUCUUGCUUCACAGGAAGCUGCCCAAAAUGACUUUGAAUAGCUAAAUCUAAUUGAUUGAAAAUAUGAAGAUUUGAAGCAAUUGAACAAUAUUAUUGUGGUGAUAGAUUGUACUGCAUCAUGCUAAGGGGUGUUUCUAUAUUUGUUAUAGCUGAUUUAGUUCCAUGAGAGACAAAUAGAAGCAGCUCUAAGUGUACUGCUGUACAAUAUGUCACAAUAAUAAACAUUGUGAAAUGAAUGCCUCUCUUUAGCGUUUAUCAAAAGUGAACCUUAUUUGUCGUGUAUUGUAUUGGAUCUCAUUGGGUUCCUAUAAUGAAGAAUCCAGUGAGUCAAUGUGUCUCAUGCCUUUCCUCUAAAGAUACAGACACUUGCAAACAGCUUCAUACAGUAAUGCUGACUGAAUGUUGCAUUGUCGGGAUGAAUAUAUGCACGUUUUGUUGUUGUGCCGCCUAAUCCGACUCCCAGGCUGUGUUCACACCCAUAUUUGCAAAACAGAAUUGUCGUCUUGUUUGCGUUCUAUUUUUGCGCGGGAGGUCUUUUCGAAGCGCUGUGGAUUUCUGACAGUAUCCCAACAAAAUAUGAUGCCAUUUUGGCUCACUUGGGAAUUUACCGUUACAGUAAUUAGCAUGCAACAUUUCCAUCCUCUACUUAUUUUCUCCCCCUUUUCCCCCUGGAGGCUCAUAGUGCUUCGGCCAAAUUCACCCUUUUUGUUUUGUUUUGUUUUUUUACACCAUUGGUUGUCAUUCGGGAUACACAUAUCCAGUUUAUAGCUUUAUCUCAUUUUUUAAAACAAGCUGCUGACUCAGGUUUGCUGUACAGUAUAGAGACGGUGACACUGAUGGGCUUGUCAUGUGGACUUUGCUUUUUGGCUUACGUCAUGCAUGCAUCAUGGUGUGCUUUGCCACUGGCCUGUGCACUGUAUAUACUGUAUGUACUCAUGUUAGCGCACUUGUGCAGGGGUCAGGCUAUCAUUUGCUCGCAGGUGUAGUCAUCCACACUAUUGGUCUUGAGUGACUGCUUUACUGUUUUUUAACCUUCAAAUGUGGUGCAGUGAUUCUUAUGCGGCCUUCCACUAGGCAAACUAUAGUUCAGUUGUAUUUAACUUUAAGGUUCAAUACAGUUGCAUAGAAGCUUUAAAAACGGUUUGUUUUUUUAAAAUGUAGAUGCAAUUUUUAUCUGACUUUUAUGUGCUAUACGUUUAAAUUGAAUCAUUGCAUUUGUACAUUUUUCCCCCAUGUCGUUAGCCUAUUAGCAAAAUUACCAAACUCAUGUUUUGUUGUCACACAAAAAAGAGAGAGAGGGAGGAAAAAAACAACAACAAAUUCAACAAGCCAGAAAAAUCCAAUUGCCGUGAUUGAACUUUUUCUGAUUAUCAUGACCUGGAAUGACUGACAAUCUACACAGACAUAAAGAAAAACAAAACACAAUUUCCAGCAAGCAGAUUGGUAUUAUUAUUUUUAUUUAACUGAUAUUGUGACAAUAAGUUAAAAACAACUUGGGAAGUUAUGGUAACAAUAUUCAAUUGUGUAUGUUCAAACUGUUACAGUGGCUCACAAUAACAUUAAAUAUACUUUUUAGGAAUAAAGCCUUACUCAUUUUUGAUGAACACUUAGGCCUACUAUGCUACUUAAUUUAAUGACAGUAGUACUUGGAGUGCUGAGUAUUUAUUUAUUUUUGUUUAGGUGGUAAUUGGUGUAAAAAGUUUAAGAAUCACUGAUUUAGUGGAUGUAGUCCGCUAACUAGCUUCUUGCUUGAUUUAUAGAAGCGCCUACACACACACAAAAACACACACACACACACACACGUGAACAAACAUUAAUGUCAGACACACACACAUGCAAUUCAUGACCAAAUUGCCUCAAAUGACGCUCUGUAUAGAAAAUGGAUGCAUGUUUUUUGUUUGCAUCGGUCCAUUAGAUAAGGGGUGGGGAACCUGCAACCCGUGGGCCACAUACGGCCCACAAGAUCAAUUGACCUGGCCCAAUCCGAAACACAAAUGAAACCAUUGGCACCGUUACAGAAAGCCUGGGAACAUUUAGACCUCACAUGCUCAUAAAAUCAUAACAUUCAAUAACUAUUUAUUUCAAUUGACGGUCACCACCACCCCAACCGCCCUUAAAUUUAGCAUCAAUCUCAGAGGACUCUAUAAAAAAAUAACACCAACCAUGAAUUAAAGGGUGUUCAUAAAAUAAAUUGUACAUGUUUUCAUGGCAUGGUGUGAAAACAGUGGUGUGUGUGUGUGCGUGUGUUUGCUUUUUGGUCUUAGUCCUCCAUUUGUUCCAUAGUUACUCCUCAUGUACUGAGUUUUGCUCCCUUUGGAUGUAACACCAUUAAUGAUUUAAUAGGUGCGAAACAGUGUACAAGUCACAAUAGAUUUGGAAAUGGCCUGCCACACAACCAACGCAAAUGACGACGGAGACCCUUGCAUUUGCUAAAAUACUCAAAUAUGAUAACAGAAGUCACAUGGACUUUUUAAAAAAACAACAACAACAACAUCAAUAAAUAUGCUACAGAUUGCUUUAUGCAAUGUUUAGAAAUGAAUGAAGUUGUAACUAUAUGUAUAGGCUAAUAUUUCUGUAAUUUUAAUGUACACCGUUUUGACUGUUUCCACAAAUGCUCAGUUAUUAUUGUAAACUCUUGUGAAUUAAUUCUAUUGUUAUUAAACUUGCUGAGAAGCAAUACUGUAUAUUGGACUGAACAUUUUACGGCAGGUUCAAGCUUUUAGUUAACUAUAGGCGUAAUCCUUAUUAGCAGUAUGUAAAAUAACAUCACAAAAACAUAUAUGCAUGAUUAUCCUAUUAUUGGUACCAUCUAUUGAGACGAAUGUCCUAGCAGCUUAAAAAAAAAAAUGGUAAUAAAUGUCAAAUUUUUGACUUGAUCUGUGGCCAAAAGGUGAACAAUGUUUAUUUAUUUAGUGUUAUUUCCAUUCUGUCUAGCCCUUUGAAGUCCAAUGAAUGGCUGAUUGAAACCUUUGGCUUUAUUGCCCUUUAAUGACCUUUCAACCUCGACUCAUUUUCGGAAAUACAAGAGGUCAAAGGUUGAUCAACACAUUAAGCAGGUCAUUUACAAUCACUUCUGCAUGGGCCCCGUACUUUAUACUUUGUUGCCCUUUGUCAGAUAAAAAAAUGUUAAAUUAUUUUUUCAUUUUUUUGCUUUGUCCCUGUCGAGGAACCUCUGCUGGUGACAUCAUCAUAAUAAUGUAAAGACUCAUUUAUCAUAAAAACGUCAACUCGGCCUGCUACAGGAUGAAGGAAUUAAAUCUUUUUUUCCCCUCCAUGAAGCUGGAAAAUAUUGUCUAUUUAUGAUAGAACAAAUAAAUAUAUAAAAAUAUAUAUAUAGUUCUAUAUAUAUUUGUUGAGAAUAGUUGGAAAGUUAGUUUGUCAGAUUAGCUCAUUUGCAUUUUUACAUAACUGAGCUGUGGUGCUGCUGCAAGAAGCGAGGCGCACCUUUCAUGAUUAUUAAGGAUUUUUAUGAUUCACGUUUGUGUGCAGCACAGGGCUUAAACGUGUUGCUUUCCACCAAGUGUAAUAUUUUCCAUCAACAUUUUUCACAUAUUUCUGCUUCUGUAAUAAUAAUAAUUUCAAAAAUUGUGCAGAAACCCCCCCCCCACUAGAUUUAAGAUUAAUCUUGCUGGUAUUGGCACAACUUUUCAUGUUUUGAAAACCUGGAAUUCCAAUCAGUUUGACAGUAAUCGCCCUGGACACACAGUGCCUUAUUCUCUUUCUUUUUUUUUUCUUUUUUUUUUGUGCGUGGAAAUAUUUCCAGAGGAAUUAAAAAGAAAAAAAAAAUCGACAACAAUUGUCUUGUGUUUUGCUCCAGUCAUAUUCAAUCACUGGACUUUGCACACGCUAAACGUUUUUCUUCUUGUGCAGUGGUGGUUUGUCUUGGUGGGCCAAGAAAAGCCCCCCGAGCAAUAUUUGGGAGUAUAGCUGGCACUUUUCAAAGCAUUUUCCUCUGCUCGAUUUGAAAAGGGUGUCGUGCAGCGAGCGCCCGCGUUGUGCGCCCCACCCCCCCUCCCCCUCCCUCCUUAAAACAGACCCCAGUUGCCUGUCAAUCACGGCGCAUUCCAGCCAAUCCCAAAGCUCGCAUUUAAAAAAGCCGCUCUUCCUGCUGUGCUUUUAUAGUUAGCGCCGUGGCCUGUUUUGCGGGGGGCACAUUUACUACGACGGUAUAUUGCCACAAAUCAAAGAGGGCAAAAGAAAAGUGCAGGCGGAAUGGGACUCGCCGCAACUUUGAGCACUCCGGUGCGUCUUUCCGCAACGAAGUUCACGGCCAACAAUUUCACAUGCAGAUGAUAAAUAGCAAUUUGGGAGCAGACCUUCUCAAAAUCCUGUCCCGCGUGCAUGUGCUUGUGUGUGUGUUUGUGUGUUUUUUUUGUUUUUUGUUUUUUUUAAAUCAUCUCCAAGUUUCCCGCAUGCAAACUUCGCACCCAAACAUGACAAGCCUGGCGAGGUUCGGCGGCUGCCCUCUCCCGCGCGGCGUCAACCCCGGGGAGAGGAGCAGCGAAGCCAGCGUGGUGCUGCCACCUUUGGCAGGGGAGCAGUGCACGGGACUCCCCACUGGCACUUCCUUAAAACUCUGCCCCUCGCACUCUUUGCGAGACUACCCCGAGACGAGGUCCAGUGCAUACGUUGACAACUCGCUCCCCCGCUUUGCCGACCCGGGCUACUUCGAGCACACCGGCCCCAGGGGCUUCAUCCUCGGAGGCGCCAUGCCACCGGGCACCGACCAGCUGGCACCGUCACGGGGGAACCAGCAUGGCGGCGUGGCGCGGUACCGCGACUUCGCCGGCUGCAGGGACGCCAGAACCGGCGCUUUUUUCAGCAGCUACCAGGAGCAGGCCUCCGGCAGCGACCCCGGCCAGAUGAUGCUGGGUCUACCUGGGGACCUCCUCACCCGGAGCCACCCGUUCGGGGGCGCCGGGAGUCCCAAGGGAGGCGGCCAGCAGCUCGUCACGCAGUUCCUGGGGCUCUACAAGCCCUUCGUGCACCAGCACCAGCACCGCGGCGCAGGCGCGGGCGCAGGCGCGGGCGCAGGCUCGGGCGCAGGCUCAGGCGGGCACGCGCUCCUCAGGUGCGCCAAAGUCAAGAGCGAGCUGGUGUGCAAGUGGACCCCGGACGCGCCCGGGAGCAAGGCGCCGUGCUCCAGAUCCUUCGGGAGCAUGUACGAGCUCGUCAGCCACGUGACCGUGGAGCACGUCGGCGGAACGCAGCAGGCCGAGUGCGUGUGCGGGUGGGAGAGGUGCGCCCGCGACAGGAAGCCCUUCAAAGCCAAAUACAAGCUGGUGAAUCACGUCAGGGUCCACACCGGGGAGAAGCCCUUCCCGUGCCCCUUCCACGGCUGCGAGAAGGUCUUCGCCAGAUCUGAAAACCUCAAAAUCCACAAGAGGACGCACACAGGUGAAAAGCCUUUCAAGUGCGAAUUCGAGGGCUGCAACCGGAGAUUCGCCAACAGCAGUGACCGCAAGAAGCACUCGCACGUCCACUCCAGCGACAAGCCGUACGUGUGCAAAGUCCGAGGCUGCGACAAGUGCUACACGCACCCGUCUUCCCUGCGCAAGCACAUGAAGCUGCACUGCUCCAAGGAGCCCCUGAGCGGCGAGUCCCCGCUGCUCAGCCCCGUCCGCGACGUGGCCCCCGUGUCCCCGGGGAGUCCGGACGAGUCGAGGUCGCAGCCCCCGCUGGACGCGCUGUUGCUGCAGAGAGGCUCCCAUAGCGGCGGCUGCACCAGGGCCCAGUCCGCCCAGUCCGCCCAGUCCGCCCAGUACCACUGCGGCCAGGCCGGCCACGCUUUCCCCUCGGCCCCGCACUUCCAGAAAGGCUUCGUCAACGGAUGGUACACGUGCCACAGCGGCGUGGACUCCUAACGCCAUCGGACUCUCAGUGGACAUUGCAUUAGGUACACCCUGACAGGACAGAACGCCGUGCAAUAAGUUCAUCAUUUUGCAUCGUUCAUCUUUCUAUCAAGAAGUCAAAUCGCCGCUGCGAGAUUCAAACAAACUCAGUCAAGGAUGGGCCGGUGUCAAACUCGAGGCCCGUGGACCAGAUCUGGCCCAUCACAUCAGUUUUGGUCCUGCGAAAUAAAGCAAAUCCUCUGCGUCUACGUCAGCGUUCUUGCUCAAAUCUGACACAAAAUUGCGAAUUGUCUCCACUCUGAAAGUCUUUUUGUUGCCAAAUCCCUAGCCUUUGAAAAUAAUAUAGGAAAAUAGCUGAAUGAACUUCUAUUUUCCUUGACGUCUGAUUUGAAAACGUAUCCGUGUAUCGUCAUAAUAUGAUGAGAUGAUCAUACAUUUAUACGCUUUGCUAGUCAUAACGAACCUGCGAGGGGAACCAUAACUGCAAAAAAUGAGUUUCGCAUCUUCAUACAGUAUUCUUGACAUUUAUAGAAAAUGUUUCCUUUACAUCUCAAUGAUCAUAAACGGAUCAUUUUACACUUUGAGAUCGAAGUGGAUCUCACAGCCACUAAUGAACUCAACUGUGCGAUGUGGAACUAUCACCUUCCGAAAUGAACGGCAGUGGUGCACAGAAGUGCACAGCACAACCUCUGAAGCACCUUUAUUAUUAUUAUUAUUAUUAUUAUUAUUAUUUUUAGCAUACCACUUUCAUGAAUGUAUUUUGUAGUGUUAUUAAAACUCUUGUAUUGGCUCUAAUUAGUGCAGGUGUACCUAAUGAUGUGUCCAUAGGUCGAGCACUACGUGUACCUUAUUUUUUUGUGUGGUUUUUGUGUUACAUAUUUAGUGAUAAGUUGUGAGCCGUGUUAUAAUAAGCCCCCCCCCCCUCCCCCCGUGUUUUUUGUUGUUGUUGUUUGCUUUGACACGCCCACUCUCACAGUGGGUGACGGCAAUUUAUUAUUCCCCCCAUCCCCCCCCACAUUGUGCACACGUCUAUUUGCGCACUGUCUUCUUUUUAUGAUCAUGAAAACUACUUCUGCCUUUAUAUAUCUCUGAAUGUAAACCCCUUACAUUGCGGGGAUUGUUUGAAUGUAAAUGACCAAUAAUAUAACGCCAGAAACAUUGUUGUAUUGCUCUAUCUGAAAUAUGUUUUUAUACCAGAUCCUGUUGGGCUUGUGUGUGUAGGCCCUAAAGCGUUGUGAUAGUGCAAGGCUCAGUCAUUUUCUAUAUUCUGCAUUCCACACGCGUGUGGAACAUAAUAUUAAAUGUGCAUUUCCACGUGUGUGUAACGUGAGCAUCCACUUUAGUGUUGUACCAUAAAAGCUGUCUUAAGUAUCAUUCACUUUUACUGUACAGAAGCCUGUUUUAUAAUUAACUAUGUAUUCCACGUUUUAUUAAAGUGUCUAUAUAUUCUCUUUGA